AUGAAGGGCCUCCUCUUGUUGUGCGUGCUCGCACUUGCCUUUGCUGCGGUGACCACCCACGCCCAACUGCAGUCCUGCCCGGCGCGCUGCGGCAAGCAGGCCGACGGCAUGGAGUGCCCCAACAACCUCUGCUGCAGCAAGGAUGGGUACUGCGGCCUAGGCGUCGACUACUGCAGCGCUGGCGCCGGCUGCCAGAGCGGCGCCUGCUACGACAACAAGAUCUGCGGCACGCAGGCCAAUGGCACAUUGUGCCCUAACAACCACUGUUGUAGCUCGGGUGGUCGUUGCGGCUACGGCAGUGAAUACUGCAACAACGGCUGCCAGAACGGUCCUUGCUGGGCUGAUCUCAAGUGUGGCCACCGGGACAAUGGUAAGCUAUGCCCCAACAACCUCUGUUGCAGCCGGUAUGGUUAUUGUGGCCUAGGACCGGAGUUCUGUGGUACUGGCUGCCAAAACGGCGCUUGCAGCACGGACAAGCCGUGUGGCAACAAGGCCAAUGGUGCAGCAUGCACCAACAACUAUUGUUGCAGCCUGUAUGGGUCUUGUGGGCUUGGCAAGGAUUACUGUGGUACCGGCUGCCAGAGCGGUGCAUGCAACUAG